ACAGCUUUAAAUCUGAUCGACACAGACUUGGUGCCACGUUACGCUACGGUGCAUUUUGUUCAAAAUCCGUCCGCUUUAAUUUCUCGCUAUGGGGAGUAAAGAACUGUCUUUCCGAAGAGUGCUGAAGUACUUUUAAAGGAUCCACGAGCGAUAUACUUUAUACAUUUCUUCUGAUCACAGCAUCACAAAGACUAUUAUUAAAGCGGUGGGGUUGAUGAAGGAUAGCUAAUUCUGCAGAAACGCCGUUUCCAUCCGCGCUAAUAGAAUAAUGGAAGAGAAAUGAGAAGGAAAACAAAAGCGAAGCGGAUUCUUGAUUACGAAAAUGAAGAGGACGAGGAAGAGGAGCAAAAGCUGGAUGCCACAUGUCACGGACUCCAGAAACGAAGAAAACAAAUGUAUCCUGCCAAAGAGAACGCGGAGGAGAAUUCUUCAUCUCCGGUGGAGCUUCAGAAGUUCAGCACUGGGGCCCCUGACUUUGAUGGUCCCCCGGCCAAUCACUUCACAGACAGCAGUUCCUCUCCUGAGGAAGCUGACUACCUGCAGUCCUAUUCCAAGAUGGAGCUGAUCACCAUGGUGCUGUGCAUGCAGAGAGAGAUGGAGAGCCUGAAGGAACAGAUACGGUGCCUUACAGCAUGUGGGAAGCUUGCCAGACAUCUGGAGUCCCUGAUCGAGAAGACUCAGAUGUGGCCGGCCAGCAGCAGGGACAGCAACGGCACUACCAAGCCCUCCGUCCCCGGCCUCCCCGGCCUCCCCAGCUUGGCCAGCGCUGUCCCAGUACACAUCGACACCACCACCACCGGGCCACAUCAUGGCCUGCUGGCCACCCCGGUCCUCGCUCCAGUUCCAGCCCCAGCGGUCACGGCAGUGUCAGCGAUCCUCAAUGGACAAUGGCCGAAGCAGGAGAGCCCGCCCCUCAAACCACUGGACGCCUCACACCACAAGAAUAGAGUCUUCACAAAGUUUAUCACCCCUGAGUUGUUGGAGAGGUGCAACACGGGAACCACGGCCCAGAAGCUGACCAAUGACCUGCUCAGAGGCCUGUACGAGAGGGACUGCCUAGCCUCGCACUCCAUCUCUGGGGUGGUCUACAAUAAGAGGGGCCAGCCCAAACCCGCCCUGCCCACCGACGAGGUGCAGGCCAUCCUCCGAACAGUUCAGUAUUUCUUUCCCGGGAAGACCGAUGCAGAGAUCAAGGGCUACAUCCGACAGAAGCUACAAAACGAAGCCAAGCGACUGAGGAAAAAGCCCUCUCCACCGCCACCGGAUAUCCAGGACUCCAAGGGUUCGAGCGUCGUGACCCUGAGUAGCCUGAGAACUAGCAGUGUUAGCAGCAGCAGCGGCAGCAGUGCUACUGGACAGAGGCCUAGCGUCGAUUGAUAAAUGUAUGUGUUUUUUUUAAAGGAACAGUCCAGCAUUUCUGGGACUGUGCCCAUUUCCCACCUCCUCUCGAGUUAAGUAAUUGACAUUCUUCCAGCUGUUUCGUAGCUGAGUCUGGUGGUAAUCCUAGUUCCAAGCUUGCAUGUGUCACUUAACAGAGUGGAACCAAAUAAUCGUCUGUUAGAGUAAGAUACCCCAAAACACGCCUACCCAAUCUGCCCUACAUUUUCAGAACGCAGUAUCUCUCCUUACUGGUAAACUGAGAAAAAGGCUUUAAAGUUUUCUUUCUGGCCGCGCAACUGUGUUGGAGGUGAAGUGGUGAUGACA